CUAACUUUGAGGCCAGGCCAGGCCAAUGGGCCCAGGCCAGGCCAGGCCAGGCCAAUGGGGCCAGGCCAGGUUUUAUAGUAUGCCGUUUGUCAGUAAGCUACCACGUUUUAGAAAUUGAUUGGUAACUGAAAUUCGUCAAGAGGAAGCUUUCAACACCUGGCGCACUAAAUGCCAUCUAUUAGUUUUGAUGAUUAUUCGAAGAUAGAUGGACUCAAUAUCUUCAAAAAUAACUGACGAGUUUCUGACGUGUUCUAUUUGUUUCGAGAUUUACAAAGAUCCAAAAAUAUUACCAUGCUUGCAUUCAUUUUGUAAAACGUGCAUCGAAAACUUCACACGGAAGGAAGAUCGGAAAACCAAACAUAGUUGCCCCCUGUGCAGAGAAAACUUCAAAAUUCCUAACGAUUGCACAGAUGCUUUAAAAACAAAUUUCUGCUUAAAAAAUCUUAUUGAGCUUGUCACCUUGGGCAGACAGGAAGUGACAAAAUUGUGUUCAUUUUGCACUUUGUUGGGUAAACAAGUUGAAGCAUCUGCACAAUGUCUUACAUGUAAAGAUUUGCUUUGUUCUGAAUGCGCCGAUCACCGACACCGAUCAACGAGACUAACAUUAAAUCACAGAGUUGUUACCAUCGCUGAAGUAGAGACUGGAAAAUACAACGAUGAAAUUCGCUCAAAACAACAUAUUCCUUGUUCCGAACAUACCGAGGAAUAUUUGAAAUACUUUUGCGACACGUGUGAUGUUCCCAUUUGUCGAGACUGCAUUGUUCUUCGUCAUCAAGGACAUAAAUAUAUUGCACCAUCAGAAGCAAGAAAGACGAUGGACGAUAGAUUUGGUACACUUAUGGGUUCUUUACAAGAAAACUUAGGAAAACUCAAGUCUGGGAAAGAAAAUGUUGAACAUGCUUUGAAUACGCUAGAGGUUGAACGUAAAAUGUUCCAAAAAAAAUUGGAAGAACGAUUUAACGUCGUUGUUGCAAAUGUAAAACGUUCCAAAAAGUCGACUGAAAAUGACUUUGAUCGGAUUGUGAAAUCAAAACAAGAAUCUUUACACAAACAAGGAGAAUAUAUAGACAUUGAGAGUAAAGAGUUACAUGAGACAAUCUCCUUUUGCAGUAAUAUUCUCAGAUGUGGAAGUGAUAUUGAGAUUCUUGCAAUGAAAACGGAAAUAAGUGAACGUUUGUCAAAAUUCCAAUCCUUGAAAAAUAAAGAAAGUUGUACAAUCAAAGAAUUUGACUUACCAACCUUUAAAAUGAACACGGAUGGAAAGGUGUUUGGAUUGGUUUUACAAAAAAGAAAAGAAGAUAAAGGAAACUCAAAUAUGGAGCGUUUCAUACCAGAGACAUCCGUCAAAGAUAUUGAUGGGAAAGGAGCCUAUGCCUCUAAAGUCGAGGAAAAUAAAAAUAUGUCUCAUCCUUUAUGUCUUAAGUGCUCACAAAUCCUUGAAUGCAAAGAAAGGGAAGAUAAACAAAAUCCAGGUUACACCUGUGUGGCAUGGGUUGACAAAGAGAAAAUUGCAGUUGUCGACCAAAGAAAUCAAAAGCUAAAAUUGCUUGCUCUUCCAACAAAUGAUAUUAAAUCAAUGGUUUUGUCUGAAUGUAUGGUAGUUGUUGCUUUCAAGGAUGGAAUAGCAAGUAAAAUGGGAAAAGAGUUGAUUGUCAUGAACAAAUCAAUGGUGAAGGAAAAGGAAUUUAGCGGGGUUUCCACUCUUUUGACGUGUCAUCCGAAUUCUGCGGAAGUAAGCUGGAUCUCCGGUUUAGAUAAAAUAUGUGUGUACAAGGAGAAGGAAUUGAAAGAAGUGUUAAUUCAUGAUCAAAAUACGCCAGUGAAAUUCGGUAAUCCUAAGUUUGGACAUGUUUUGUCGAAUGGAAUGUUUAUUGUGUCGGAUUGGGCUCAAGAUUGUGUUAUCAUAUUAAGAAAAUCAGGCUACAUAGAAAGAAAAAAAUGCUGUAGUCCUGGUGCCAUUUCCUCGGACAUGAGCAAUAACAUUUAUGUAUGUGAUUACCGUCAGAGCCUUGUCGUAGUUUUCAAAGUUUCUGGAGAGACAUUAACGAAAUAUUACAUUGAUUCAUUCCUACCUAAUCCAAGGAGUAUUGCUGUAAACAGAAAUGGUCGUAUAUUAAUAUCAAACGACCGUACUGUCGUUUUGGCAGAGUUGAAAUAGAAUAUAUCUUUAAAAAACUUCAAAGAAAAAUCUGCACGAUCCAGGAGUUGUUGGUGGGGAGAUAACUCUCUCCUGAUACAACACAAUUUUUCUUACUGAUAACAUAAUUUUAUAAACAAUGUUAAAUAGUAAACUUAGCGUUAUUUAUAGAAUAAACUUAUGUUUACCUGAUCAAGAUAUAGGGCUCAUGGCAGGUGUAACCGGUCGACAGAGGAUACUUACUCCUUCUAGACACCUGAUCCCACCUCUAGUAUAUCCAGGGAUCCGUGUUUGCCCGACUCUCUAUUUUGUAUUACUUAUAGGAGUUAUGAGAUUGAUUGCUGUUCGUUAUCUUCACCUUUCAUACAAGUAGUAAAUUAUUCAAAAAAUAUCGAAAAUAAAAGUUUAUUGUAUAAUAAUGUGAUGCAGCCAAUUAUGUUUGUUAUGAAGUUGCUCAUCAAUCCCAGCUUUGUAUAAUCUUGCAGUGGCGGUUGCUCGCGUAAGGAAUGGUUGUUAAAAAUUCCAACGAAUCUACCGCUUUACACAAUUUUGCUACCACUUGUUAGAGUUGAUGGACUCCUAUGGGUACAAACCAAACGGUCUCCGAGGCAUUUGCCUUUGUCGGAAAUACGACACUGUAGUCUGUGAUUACAAACUACAUAAUGUUUAAGGGGCUUCUUUGAACACGUGAGAAGAGAUACAUACAUGGUUUAAUUUUUGUUUUACAUUGAAUGAAAUUUCUAUAUCUAUCAGAACCUAUAAGAAUUAAGAGUACUGUUAUUUAGACAGAGUAGCUUGUAUUAUAUCAAGAAAUAUUUCAAAACCUCAGUUACAUGUAUCUUCUUAUACUGGUAAUUAAAGUAUGUGUGGUUA